AUGUCAUUCGGACGCUCGGUGCUCUCGCGGUUGCGGGCGGCCGUGCCCGCCUCGCGCGUCAACCUUUUCGUGCACGCUGGGAACAGCCUAGCGGUAUGUGCAAGCAUGAGUGAGGACAUGGUGUCCCUGCGCGGCUUCAUGAUUGGCGCAUCGUCUUGCAGUAUGGCGUUCAACAUGCUGCAGCCGGCGCCGCUGUGGACGCCCGUCUACUGGGGUGGCUUCUUCGCGGCGAUGCACGCGUACCAGCUCGGCAAGAUCUUCCGUGAGCAGCAGUCCGCCGUCUCACUCAGCGGCCGAGAGCACGAGCUGUACGAGAGCGCCUUUUUGCCACACGGAUUCACGCCCCGUCAGUUUCUGCGGCUAAUGCAGACGGGCGAGUUUGUGACCCUUGAGCCCGGCGAGUGGUGCGCGCUGCAGGGCGAGCCGGUCGAGGCGCUCUUCUUUGUCACUGGAAUCAGCCCCGAGGCGUCGGUCGAGCUGCAGCAGCUGCAGCCCACCUCGAGCUCGCCGCACGACGGGCCGCCUGUCCAGGACGUGUCCAAGGAGAUGAGGCUGCUCCGCCGCGUCGACUCGAUCGACGGAGUGCUGUCGCGCGUUGAGCCAGCCUCCCUCGGCAGCGGGGCGGAGGCGGUGCGGUUUGACAGCGAGCGGUCCCAGCGCGCGCUGCAGGAGACAGGGUCGGACUCGGAGUCCGUCACUGAGGAGGAGUGGAUGCCUUACUCAGGCCUGGGCACCACAGCAUGCAGAGAGCGGGCGGCGUGCACCGCGUUCCGCGAGACGCACGCCAUCAGCGACGAGCAGCACGGGGAGGCGCUGCGCGCCGCGGGCGCAGAUGAGGCUCGCUGGCGCGCGCGGCCCGACUCGCUGCGGGUUGUGAUGGACAGCUCGCCGGCACCGCCGGCGGUGCAGACGGUCAGAAACACGAACGGCAUCGCGGCACGCGACUUUGUCGCGUGCGUGCUGCGCUUCGCGGUCACGCGCGAGACGGAGUAGGGGAGCUGCCGCGGGUGGCGCGUGCUUCGCGGGUCGCGCGCACAGCGAGAUGCGCACAGUUCCGCGCCGCUGUCCCCGGACCCGGCCUGCGGGGCAGAGUGAGAGCGGGUUGGGGGUUGGAGAGAGGUUCUGAGAGCGCGAGAGAGUGUGAGAGACCGCGCUCGCCCGACAGCGGCACACUGCGCGCGCGAGACCGAUCGAGAGGGGCGAGUCACCGCGCGGGGCGGGGGGGGCGGGGGGCGGCGCGACCCGCCCUCCCGCGGAGCUCAAUGACCAAUGUCUCGCGAUGGGGGGGUUGCCGUGUUCUCUGUUGGGCGCUUUGGGUUUGGCGUGGCGCGUGGGAGGGACAGGCCAAGGCGGGAGGGCGGCGCCCCGGCGCGCGGGCCGUGGCCCGCACACAGUCGUCACGUCUCGGGAUGGCCAUGGCCGGAUCGCGGAUCGGGAUGGGAGAUGGGUGUAGGGUGACUUAACUGACUUAAGUGAUAAAAUUCUUACCGUCUAGC